GUUGGAAUCUUCAGAUUAUAGAGUCUCUUCUAAUGCAAAGCCAGAUUCAACAAGAGAGGAAAACCAGGCAAUGAAACAAAGGAAUGAUAAUAGUAGGUUACCAACAAAUCCUGAGGAAGUGGAAAACCUACUAUUACGCCGUGAUUCAGCUGCGAAUCCAUUGAUUGUAUUCAGUUAUGAUGAGCUAAAGAUAAUAACUGCAAAUUUUAGGCCGGAUCGUGUGUUGGGGGGUGGCGGAUUUGGAAGUGUAUAUAAAGGGUUCAUCUCUGAGGAGUUAAGGCAGGGUCUUCCUACUCUUCCUGUGGCUGUUAAGGUUCAUGAUGGUGAUAACAGUCAUCAAGGCCACAGAGAAUGGUUGGCAGAAGUCAUAUUUUUGGGGCAGCUAUCACAUCCGAAUCUAGUCAAAUUAAUUGGAUACUGCUGUGAAGAUGAACAUAGGGUGCUAAUUUAUGAGUUUAUGGCCCGUGGAAGUGUCGAAAACAAUUUGUUCUCCAAAAUAUUGCUUCCAUUGCCAUGGUCCAUAAGAAUGAAUAUUGCAUUUGGAGCUGCAAAGGGACUUGCAUUUCUUCACGAGGCAGAGAAACCUGUCAUCUAUCGUGAUUUCAAAACAUCAAAUAUUUUAUUGGACCUGGACUAUAAUGCAAAACUUUCUGACUUUGGCCUUGCUAAAGAUGGGCCAGUUGGAGACGAAUCCCAUGUUUCGACUCGCAUAAUGGGAACAUAUGGCUAUGCUGCACCGGAGUACAUAAUGACAGGUCAUUUGACCCCCAGAAGUGAUGUUUACAGCUUUGGCGUUGUUCUUCUGGAACUUCUGACGGGAAGAAAAUCGCUAGACAAGUUAAGGCCAGCAAGAGAACAGAACCUUGCAGAUUGGGCUCUUCCUCUGCUGAAGGAGAAGAAAAAACUUCUAAACAUCAUAGAUCCAAGGCUUGAAGGUGACUAUCCAAUAAAAGGUGUUCACAAGGCUGCAAUGCUUGCUUACCAUUGCUUGAACCGCAAUCCAAAGGCUCGGCCGCUAAUGCGAGAUAUUGUGGACUCAUUGGAGCCUUUGCAGGCACACAAUGAGAUCCCUAUCCAAAAAACAUUGACCAUAAUUAGUGAAGUUGCUGAAGCUGAUUUAAGAAAAGGAAAAAUGCAGAAUCACUGAAUGAAUUGUUUUUUAGGUUGUUUCAGGUUUUCCAUCUAAUGUUCAUAGGGAGAGGUUUUGCCUUAACUAUUUGUGUUUAUUAACAAGAAAUAUAUAGGCAUUUCUUUUUCUCUCACUUCUUUUUUUAACAUGUUUGCCAUCUGCAAUUGAAUUGCUGUAUCUAAUGUUCAUGAAGGUGCUACUGCGGAAAUUGGAUUCCUGAAUGAAAUAAAAUAAUCAGUUUCUA